AUGCAGCCCGCUCGGCAGCCCCUGCGGGCCCCAGCGAAGGUUGCAGGGACAUGGUACAUCACUGCUAUGGCCUCUGACUCGGAGAGCUACCUCCAAAAAAAGGACCAGCUGAAGAUGGCGAUGGCCAGCAUUGAGGUCCGGGGGGAUGGUGACCUGAAGGUCUCCUUUGCAAUUCCCACCCCUGGGAGAUGUAUGAAGUUUGAAUCGAUCUACAAGCCAACAGGCAGCCCGGGUGAAUACUACAGCUCUGACAGAGGCAAUAAGACGGUGCGGCUGGUGGACACCGACGGCAGCUCCUACAUGGUUGUCUUUGCCACCAGAGAGAAAGAGGGGAAGACCUUGCACAUGCUGAGACUUUACAGCAGAACCCAGUGGGUGAGACCCAAAAUCAAGUUGCUGUUCAAGAGACUUGCCAAGCUGAAUGGCUUCACCGACGAGACAAUCUGGAUUUUGCCCAGGCAGGAGGAAUGCAGACUUGGUGAACCGUAGAGAGUGCAGACUGGCUUGUGGAUGCUCCUGCCAAGCAAUAUAAGACCCAUGCUCUGAAGCUCCAGGCUCCUGCUCCACCAUCCUUCUUCUUAGCACUGUUGUCAGGACUCUGACAGAGUCCCUGCUCCUCCAGCACACAGUCCCUGCUUUUUGCCAAAUAAACAGAAACCCUCGCCAGG